AGGGAGGAUAUGAUAACUCAUGAAAUCAGGUAUCUUUGCAAGUGCAGUUGUCAAUUUGGGUAUUAAACUACAGUUAUUUCAACCUUAAUCAUAGAUUCAUAUAUAGUGUAUUGCAUUUUGGGGCUGAGUGUUCUAUAAGCUAGGGAUGACAGUUAGCAACUAAUUCUUUUUCAAAAUUUAGAAAAUGAUGGCUUUGGAACAUAGCAAAUAUUUCUACCUGAUUCCGUGUAUAUUCUACCUAUCUUUAGAAACUUUCUUGGUAGUUUCUAGUGAGAAAAUGAGCAAAUGCAAAGUUGGAUUUUUUAUGCAAUGUUCUAUUUACAAUUUCAUACUAUCUUUACGUGUCUUUUAGGGGUGAGUUGUGACUAGAGCUUUAAAAAAUUGUUGUAUCUGCAUACGGCAUACCAUUUAAUGUUCAGUAAAUGAGUAUAGCUUCUAUUUCUACGGUUCAAGUCAUCCAUUUUUGGGAAGGAGAGCCUUGGCAUAACUGGUAAAUUUGUCUCCAUGUGACUUGGAGGUUACGGGUUCGCGCCGUGGAAACAGCCUCUUGCAGAAAUGUAGGUUAAGGUUGCGUACAAUAGACCCUUGUGGUCCGGCCCUUCCCCGGACUCCGCGCAUAGCUGUAGCUUAGUGCAUCAGGCUGCCUUUUAAGUCAUCCAUUUUUGGAGACUUUUGUACUGAAAAUGAUGAGAAGUUGCUGUUAAUAUGCACAGUCGAGAAGUCAAAUCUUUCUACUGGUGUCCAUGUGAAAACUUCCAUUUUUUUCUUUGCUUUACCUUUCUUUUACCCAAUAAGUCCGGCCCCUCUUAUACAUUUGGUUCCAGUCUUUCUUUUUGACAAAUUUGUCCAAUAAAUUUGGUUCCCCCUUUGGGACUUGAUCUUAUAAGAUAGUCUUGUGAGCUGGCUACAGUUUACAAUUCAUAAAGCUUCAGCAAGCUUUCCUCUUCUGGCAGUAGGAUUCAAAAUAUGGCUUUUGCUUCUUAUUUUGUUUGCUUUCUUCUGUAUCUUCUUCUGAUCUUAGUUCAGGCAAAGGGCAGUAAUAAUUCAACUUGUCCAAAGUCCUUUUCAUGUGGGAAUCUUAAAAACAUGAGCUUUCCUUUCUCUCUUUCAACACAACCUGACUGUGGAAUAAUGCCUAUGUCUGGUUGUGAUGUUAAAUCAUAUCCAAAAAUCCAACUGCUUCCUGGAGGAGAUUUGUACUAUGCUUUAGCCACGAAGUUUAGUUAUACAGUUGUGCUCAGGGACCCAAAGCUUGAAACCACGUUGAGGCAACGCAAGUGCCAGGCUUUUAACAAAAAAUUCUCCCUUCAAAACUCUCCUUUUGUUUCUUUCACUCCGCUUUCACUUCACAAAUUCUUCAAAUGCAACAGCACCAGUCAUAAUACCCCAAACAUUACCCAAAAGAAGAAUGGCCAUGUUGCUGGUUAUGGAAUGUACAAUGGCUGUAAAGGCUUUAGCAUAUACUACAAGGUUGACGGAGAUGAUAAUGUUAAAGACAUUCGAGCAGACAAUCUUACUGCUAACUGUUCACUUGUCAGAUUGCCAAUUGAUUGGAGGUCAUAUGAUGGUGGUUUGUUCGACAUUUUAAGUCCCGUUUUUUUAGUAGAAUGGAAACUCUCUGAUGACUGUAAAAAAUGUCACUAUGAUGGAGGUCAAUGCCAGACUGAUAAAACCAAUAAAUUUCAUUGUACACAUCCAAAUAAUCCACAUGCUCAAGGUCAUCAAAAAAGUACUCCGUAUGCUCAAGAUGCAAAAACGACUAGAAGAAAGUUCGGACAGACUCUAGGAGCAGUUUUUGGUGGAUUAGGAUUGGUGAUGAUUUGUUUAGUUGUUUAUUUUAUCUGGUGUUACAAGAAGAGGAAAUUUAGUCCAUCCCGCUUACUCUCGGAGAUUUUUAAACAUGAUGUUGAGGGAGGCAGUAUAUACUUUGGUGUGCCAGUCUUCUCUUACUCAGAGCUUGAAGAAGCCACAAAUGAUUUCAAUUCCUCUAGAGUCCUUGGGGAUGGAGGUUUCGGAACCGUUUACUAUGGAAAACUUAAGGAUGGAAGAGAGGUUGCUGUAAAGCGCCUUUACGAGCACAACUGCAAACGAAUGCAGCAGUUUGUAAAUGAAAUUGAGAUCCUUACUAGGCUAAAGCACAACAAUCUUGUCACCCUCUAUGGCUGCACUUCAUGGCGAAGCCGUGAACUACUCCUUGUCUAUGAAUAUAUUCCUAAUGGAACUCUUGCUGAUCACCUCCAUGGUGACAAAGCGAAGGACCGAUUACUUACAUGGCCAGUCCGCAUGAACAUUGCCAUAGAAACUGCUGGUGCAUUGACUUACUUGCAUGCUUCUGAUGUAAUACAUUGCGAUGUGAAGACUAAUAACAUACUCCUUGAUCACAACUUUAGAGUUAAAGUUGCAGAUUUUGGGAUUUCGAGGCUCUUCCCAAAUGAUGUCUCUCAUAUCUCAACCGCACCCCGGGGGACCCCUGGCUAUAUCGAUCCAAAGUAUCACGAAUGUUACCGGCUGACUAGUAAAAGUGAUGUUUAUAGCUUCGGGGUGAUCCUUGUUGAGCUCAUUUCGUCAAUGCCAGCUGUGGAUAUGAAGAGGCAUAGCCAGGAGAUCAAUUUGGCUAACUUUGCAAUAAACAAGAUCGUAAAAUGUGCAUUUCACGAGUUGCUUGAUCCAUCCCUGGGGUUCGAUUCAGAUACCAAGAUUUGGGAAAUGACUACUUCAGUGGCAGAUCUUGCUUUUUUGUGCUUGCAGACAGAUAGGGACAUGAGGCCUACUAUGGUUGAAGUUUUGGAUACUCUAAAGGAGAUUCAGACUAGUGAAUUUGACAAUGAGAAGAGAGCUGAAUCUAAUCUCAAUGGCAAUGAAGCUAAAAUAGUAGCAGCUCCUCCUUUCCCUGUAUCAGAAGAUAUAUUAUUGUUGAAGCAAGUUAAAUCACUACCUUCUCCUAAUUCUGUGGCUGAUAAAUGGAUUACUUGCUCUGAUAUAACUAGUACAAAGUAGUAAAAAGUUCUAUACCCCCUCUCUUUGUUAAUCUGAUGUUAAUUUUGCGAGACUGCAAAUGUACAGCUAUGAGUAGUUUCCUUGAGCUAUGUAUCUAUGAGUGGAAGUGAUCCGACUUUUAAUUUCAUUAUAUAAGAGUUUAAGUUCUAUACAAUGGCAGUUUUAGAA